AUGCAUAACAAGGCAGCUAUCGCCGAAUUAAAUAAACAACUCACAGAAAAAUUUAAUCAACAAAAUACUGCGAAUGCAGCGAUGAAAGAAUUAAUUCGUAGUUUGUCAAAACCAAAAGAGGAAGACAAAAUACCAGUAAUAAAGCCACAAAAAAAAACAAAAAAAUUUUCACCACCCAAUAAACUGUGGAGUCCAUGGCGAGCAAGUAGUUUCACCGAAUAUUUGGAAACUGAAGGUAUAUUAACAAUUGAAAUCGAACAAGGCGAUGAAGCAAUACCAUUUGAAAUACUGUUGUCAGUUAAUAAAUCUCCAAAAGAAAAUACGUAUUCGAUUCUAUUAAGUGUUAGUGAAAGACAAGUAAAAAUCAGUAAAAUAUUAAAUAAUUUUAAAAUACUACUAAAUCAAUCAACAGUUGAUAAUAGUCUGUUACAUCUGAAUGAUGGUCAACACAAGUAUUGGCUGAGCAUGGAUUCGGACAGUCUAUUUGUUAAAUAUGGUCAAGGUGAAGCUAGAGAUAGUAUGACAAUGAUAAAAUGUGAUUUAAAUGAAGAAGAAUCAUAUUUACUAAAAGAUAUCCGAUAUGUACAUAUUAAAUUAGAUGACGAAAAUCCGGAUUUAGAUAAAUAUGAAGAUAAAAUUAGAAUAAAAUUAGGUAAAGAUCCAGUAUUAAAUGAUCCACCGCUCCUCAUAAAAUCACCAGUGUUAUCAUCAGGAAAAAUGUUGCAAUUUCGUUAUCGCCGAACAGGGGAAGUAGAAAAUAAUCAAAAG